CUCUGCUCAUGCGCGCUGCUAUCACGCUUUACAACCAACAGGCACAGAAUUCCAGGGAGGAAGUCACUGAGAGUGGGAGACGAAGUAUUCCAAAAGGUGCCAAAGCAAAACUAACCCAGAGACGAAGAGAAGUCAGAAUACGGCAGUUCGGCUUUAGGAGCAGCGAAUACAUCAAAGUUUUGAUUAUGGACUAGAGGCGGCGGGUCGCUGCAGAUGGAGGCGGUGAGAAGUUUAGUGUUUGUCGGGGCCGUGCUGCUCGGAGUGACGGGCGCGCUGGGCAGAGAAGUAUGCCUGGGUACAGACAUGAAGCUGGCCCUGCCCUCCAGCCUGGAAAAUCACUAUGAGACCCUGAGGCUGCUCUACACCGGCUGCCAGGUCGUCCAUGGCAACCUGGAGAUCACACACCUUCAUGGAAACCCUGACCUCUCCUUCCUACAGGGGAUUGUGGAGGUUCAGGGUUAUGUCCUCGUAGCUCACGUGUCAGUGGGUCUGGUCCCAUUAGACAACCUCAGGAUCAUCAGAGGCAGCCAGCUGUACAACUCCAGCUACGCCCUGGCUGUGUUGGAUAACACUCUGAAUGGACAAGGGCUCAGGACGCUCCGGCUCCGUUCCCUUACAGAGAUCCUGCUGGGUGGUGUGUAUAUUUGGGGGAACCCUCAGCUGUGCUUCCCAGAUGCCCAGAACAUCAUAUGGAGGGACACUUUGAAUGAGCAGAACAUCCAUGCAAGGCAGCAACGACUGCAGCCUCGAGCUCCAAACUGUCCCAGUUGUAACACUGCGUGCGGAAAAAGCUGUUGGGGAGAGACAGCACAGGACUGCCAGACCUUGACCCGUAUUAAAUGUGCAUCCGGCUGUCAGCGAUGUAAAGGUCCCUCACCAAACGACUGCUGUCACAUGCAGUGUGCUGCAGGAUGCACGGGACCCUAUGACUCAGACUGCCUGGCAUGCCGUCACUUCAACGACAGUGGUGUGUGCAAGGAAAACUGCCCUCCACCGACAAUCUACGACCCUGUCACCUUUCAGACCAAACCCAACCCGAACAAGAAAUUCAACUUUGGAGCCACCUGUGUGAAGACGUGUCCCUAUAACUAUCUGGCUAUGGAUGUCGCCUGCACUUUGCUUUGCCCCAAAGCCAACCAGGAAGUUAUCGUCACAAACCCUGAUGGAAACGAGACACAGAAAUGCGAAAAGUGUGAAGGAGACUGUCCCAAAGUGUGUUAUGGUCUGGGUAUGGAUAACCUAGGUGUCACAGACAACCAUGGUAUCACCAUGGUGACAUCAUCAAAUGUGGAGCAGUUCAACAGGUGUAGAAAGAUAUUUGGUAGUCUGGCUUUUCUCCCUCAGAGCUUUGAAAGGGACCCUAUGACCAACACUUCAGGCCUGACCCUCGAGCAGCUGAGCGCCUUUCAGAAACUGGAGGAGAUUACAGGUUAUUUGUACGUCGACGCCUGGCCAGAGGAAUGGACUGACCUGAGCGUGUUUGAGAACCUGAAGGUGAUCAGAGGAAGGUUGCUCUACAAGGGUGUCUUUUCACUUGCGGUCCAAAAUCUUCACAUCCAAUCUCUUGGGUUGCGUUCACUACGCAGUGUCAGUGGAGGUUUGGUCCUGUUGAACAACAACUCCCGGUUGUGUUACACUGAUUCACUCCCCUGGGAUAGUCUCCUCCAUCCAACCCAGGGACCCCACCGCAUUGUCAGCAACAACCAGAAGUCCCAACUCUGUGAGGCAGAGGGACGUGUCUGUCACCCUUUAUGUGCGGGGGGCUGCUGGGGUCCGGGGCCAAGCCAGUGCGUUUCCUGCACGAAUUUUCAACGUGGGUCUGAGUGUGUUCAGCAGUGUGACAUCUUACAAGGGCCAGUGCGUGAGUACACAGAUGGGCCUUUGUGUGUCGCCUGUCACUCAGAGUGUCGUCCUCUCAAUGGCUCAGCUUCCUGUCAAGGCCCGGGUGCUGAUGAUUGUGAAGAGUGCAGAAACUUCAAGGACGGUGAGUUUUGUGUGGAUCACUGUCCGAGCGGCGUGAAGGAGGAUCAGCAAACAGUGUGGAAGUACAGCAAUGCUACAGGACACUGUCUGCCCUGCAACACCAACUGCACGCUGUCCUGCACUGUUAUGGACGAGAAAGGCUGCCCCGUUGACAACAGGACAGGACCGGGUACCACCAUCGCAGCUGCCGUGGGUGGGGUGGUGCUCUUCUUCAUCUUGCUGGCUCUGCUUGUCUUCUACCUGAGGAGGCAGAAGAAGCUGAAGAGGAAGGAGACGUUGCGAAGGAUCCUUCAAGAGCAUGAGUUGGUGGAGCCUUUAACACCCAGUGGUGCGUCACCCAAUCAGGCUCAGAUGCGCAUCCUGAAGGAGACUGAGCUGAAGAAGCUCAGGGUGCUGGGUGCAGGUGCUUUUGGUACUGUUUACAAGGGAGUGUGGGCUCCUGAUGGGGAAAAUGUGAAGAUACCAGUUGCCAUUAAGGUGUUGCGAGAGAACACAUCCCCAAAAGCCAAUAAAGAGAUCCUUGAUGAGGCCUACGUGAUGGCCGGUGUGUUCAGCCCGUACGUGUGUCGUCUGCUGGGGAUCUGUCUGACCUCCACGGUGCAGCUAGUCACCCAGCUGAUGCCGUACGGCUGCCUUCUGGACUACGUCAGGGAGAACAAAGACCGCAUCGGCUCCCAGUUCCUCCUCAACUGGUGUGUCCAGAUCGCCAAGGGGAUGAGUUAUCUGGAGGAGGUCCGACUGGUGCACAGAGAUCUGGCCGCCCGUAACGUUCUGGUGAAGAACCCAAACCACGUGAAGAUCACCGACUUCGGUCUGGCCCGUUUGCUCGACAUUGACGAGACCGAAUAUCACGCUGAUGGAGGAAAAGUGCCGAUUAAAUGGAUGGCCCUGGAGUCCAUUCUGCACAGGAAGUUCACUCAUCAGAGUGACGUCUGGAGCUACGGGGUGACGGUGUGGGAGCUCAUGACAUUUGGGGCUAAACCCUACGACAUGAUCCCAGCGAGAGAAAUCCCAGAUGUUUUAGAGGGAGGAGAACGUCUCCCUCAGCCGCUCAUCUGCACCAUCGAUGUCUACAUGAUCAUGGUCAAAUGUUGGAUGAUUGACCCAGACAGCAGGCCAAGGUUCAAAGAUCUAGUGAAUGAUUUCAGUGCCAUGGCCAGAGAUCCACCUCGCUUUGUAGUCAUUCAGAACGACGAGCAGAUGAGCCUGUCAAGUCCAGUGGACAGCCAGUUCUUCAGGAUGCUUCUGGAAGAAGAAGGAAACAAUAUGAGGGAACUGCUGGAUGCAGAGGAGUACCUGGUGCCUCAGCCAAACCUUUUCCCAAGAACUCAGGGAGAUGGGCCUCAAACCAACGGGCCAUCAAGACACCAAUCAUACAGGAGCAGAGACCAGGGCUUGGAUAUUGAUCCAUCCAUCGCUAGCGGUCCUCGGAGCAUGUACUCGUCCCUGAGCACUCUGGGCCGCAGCCAGUACCCGACCUUACCUUUAGGAGCCAGCACCUCCAAUGGCCUGUGGACCUCUCAGUACCCGAUGCUGGCUCGCAGCACUUCAGCCGGCGGCCAGUCUGACUCCGUCUUCCUGGACGGACCUCCAGAUGACCCCUCCAUCCCUCCGGCUAGCCCUGGACGCUACUGCAAAGACCCCACCUACUCUAACGGGAGCCAGGGCGACCUGGAGGUAGAUGGACCAGUGCAAAAUGGAUUCCAUCUUCCUAACCAUUUACAUCAUUCACUGCCAAGGCGGAAUCAUGGGUAUAAUCACAAUCAUGCCCUGCCAGAAUAUGUCAACCAGGAGAUUCAGGACCUCCGGCCAGGGAUCCCUGAUCGACCCACCACUCUGCCUCGCAAAGGCUCCAGAGUAGAACGCCGCCUCCCUAAUGGCCUGAGCUCGGGUCACAGUGUGGAAAACCCAGGUUACUUGGUCCCUGCAGGCCCUGGAGCCGCUACGUCUCCAGCGUUUGACAACCCAUACUACCUGGACCUUGUGGCCAAAGCCAAUGCUGUUGCCGGGGCUGCGGCUCACGGCGGCCCAGGGACAUCCGAGCAAAACGGGGGAGUUCCCAGGCAUGUGAACGGGUUUGUGACACCCACAGCAGAGAAUCCAGAGUAUCUUGGAUUAGCGGACACGUGGAGUGGAUAUACUUGAGGAGAAGGGGCUGGACGUAAUGUAAUGAACUCAAGAGGAGUCACAGUUUGUGUCCUACGAGCAGCGAGAGAAUGGAAGAGGAAUAGUGUGUGUGUGAGAAAUGAGCGGGGUGUGUGAUUGAUUUUGAGAAUAGUCAACGUGAAUCUUCAAGAAAAUACAAACUUAUUUGAAUCAUCAAACCACCCAGCUGUGACGCACCGUGAGUCAACAGUGUAGCAUUAAUGUGGUGUCUCAGGCAUCAUGUGUAUUCUGUCCUCCACUCAGCGCUCUGUAAAUGACUGUUAAGUGCCAAAACACGUUGAUGUAGCCUGUGUUUAUGCACAGAACUUGAAAUACAAAAAGAGUACACAUUUAUCAGAACUGAUCAUGGUACAAGAGGUCUGAUUAGCACAGAAGCAACAUUUUACUGGGUUAACAAAGCUCUUUUUUUCCCAUCCUCAUUUAAACAUUAAUGUCUGCUGUUGUUUAUACAUCACGUGAAGCAUUUCUUGCAUCCUCUGAAGCUCCCUUUCGUGUCUUGAUAUGCUAAAAAAAUCCCAGCUAAAAGGUGAAAACUACACAGAGAACUUCAAUACAGAGAGCAAUGGCGUGCAUUGAAGGUGAUGCUUAGUAUUCCAGUCACUUUUCCUCUGACCUGAUGGGGGUCUUCAACAAACUCAAAAGCCAUUUUGUUUUGGCCAGAGAAGGCCCUGCAGCCCAUCUGGCCAGUGGACAUGCUCCCUGAAAGAAGGGCAUCCUGUAAGGAGAAGACAGAGGCAUUGUGCUGCGCUGAUGUAUGUGGUUGUUAGUGUCCGCGGCUGCAGCUACUUUGUGGUACGGCACAUGAGAUGCGAGGUACAAGCAGGCUUUUUAAGCUGGGGGAAAGAGUAAACAUCUCAAAAAAUUAUGUUUACAUGUCAAAGACUGAGGGUACAGGGGAAGUUGGAGCCAACCUUUUCAGGGAUUGUAUGCUUUUGCAAAGACUGAGGGGAGAUAAAGUGCAUUUUAAAUCAUGCACAAUGCACUACAUGUUAAAAUACUGCAUAUGCCGCCCCUGGAUUGAGUUAUCACAUUAAGCCGUCAGAUGGCCUUUUACUGUGCAAGAAAGCUCUACAAGCUAUAAGUGAGUAUAUCGCACACAAAGUGAAGAAUUUGCAUGUAAGUAUACAUGUGUUUAUGCAACAAAAAGCAGUUCUGCUGUUUGUGUUUUUGUGUAAAAGUGAGCGAUGCACCAGACACUGAAUCUGAAUCUGAGGAGGCAGAAAACAUUGCUCCGCAUGGUUUGGAUAAUCAAUGCAUGGCUCAAAUUCCACUCAGAGAGAACACACUGGCAUCCCAGUUAAUAAUCCACAGCAUUUUCUUUUUUUUUCUUUUUUUUUUUUUACAAGAUUUUUUUUUUUUUCAUGUGAGCUGGUGUUGGGUGGGGGGGGGGGGUCUGAAGCCGGUCAAAGAAGCCAUUGUCAGACUCUCGUGUCUUUGUUGGAAAGUCAGCGCUCUCCCAACUCACACAUCCCGAACAACUGGGGCUGUCACUGUUGUGGAAAGUGAGAAGUAGAGUUUUGGCAGCUUGUUGUUCAGUGUUUGGAGCUUUAAAUCCUAAAAGUCUCUCAAAAGAAAAUACCAGACCGUUAAUCUGUGUCCAAACCUGCAUCAACAAUAAACUGUUCUUCAUCUUGAUGUUCUCAUACGGGUUUUGAAGAGUUUUGAUGCAGUAAUAUAUUUCUAAGAAACUAUACCUGAUUUUAUAUAACAAUUCCUUUGAUAAAUAUAUCAUGUUUUUUUUCUAAAAGCAUUGCAAGAUUAUAUUUUAAUAAUUAAUCUAUCAUAUAUUAAUAUAGAUUGCAUUUAAUAUAGAGUAACAAGGUGCACUGGACAUUGUUUUUACUUCAACAAAUAGUAUAAUGGGUAUAUUCAUAGUGAAUCCCUGUCAGGUGAAUACCAUACCUCAACAAACUUUUGAGCAGGAAUUUUAUAGAUAAUGUAUUACUGCUUUGGUUGUUAAGGGUGUAAAAAUACUGAGAGAAGCCUGCACCCCUCGCGUCCUGCUUCCACUUACGUAUGCGUACGUAGGGGGUCACCCAGAGGUCAAUUCAUUGCUAUGAGGAUAUCCAAUAUGUCUGUAAACCCCCCCAACCUCUGCUCAUGGUUUAUACACAACAGAAUAUGAAUCUAACUAAUCGGCCACAGUAUACAUCGUAUACCCUUGACUUAAUCAGUUUGAUAUGAAGCAGCAAGAUUGAUCCGUGUUUCAGAUUUGCCUCUCCUAGAUAGCUACAAAUAGUUUUCACCAGGUUUCUAUUCAGCCGUGAAAAACUGCACAUACAUUCGUUGAACACUGGAGGCAUCAUCCGUAUAUUAACAGAUUUACAGACACUAGUCACAUAUGUAAGUGGAGACUAGGUGUUGAAAUAAAAAUAUUUUAAAAAUACAAGAUUUCCAAAACAAGAGUUCCAAAGCUCACUUUGUUGUUUAGGGUGUUCUAAAGGAAAAAGUAUCUUCAAAAAUUGACAUUAACCUUUAGAGUUGUAGGGUUUUCACCGGAUCAUGGCCAAAUUACAGCACUCUUCACACAUGCACCUACAUCCUAAAGAAUGUGAUAUUUUUCAGGAUACACUGAGACCACUCCCUUAUAUACAAUCACAAAUAAUGUGCUGGUAUUUCCACGGUAGUGUCUUUACUGUAGAAUAACAUAUAUGACAGGGCUGAUCUAUUUACGGAAGUGUUUUUUUUCCCCCAUACAAAGCCCUUCAGUUGUAUCAGAACCAGACCAGACCUAAGGACUGGCCAGUGUUAGGUGGCACAGUGGGCACACGUUAAAGCCAUCUAAAUGUACUCCCUGUGAAAGUGAGCUUUGUUAAACUGUAAGAUCAAGUAGAAGGGUAAACUUGAAUGUAAGAGGCUGUUUUGAAAUUUAGAUAAACAUCUACUAAAGUGUGUUAAAGAGUCUCAAAUAUGUUCUCAUGCAGGAGUGAACCCAAGAGAAAGGAGGAGAAUGUUAAGUAACAUGUGGGUGCCGAAGGUUGUAAAAGAUUAAAUAUCUGUAAUUUACAUUUUGAAGCAAAUGUAUUUUUUGUACUUUUCAUGUGAAUAUUUUUUACUGUUCACAGUCUGUGUGAUUUUGAUAGAACAUGAAUAAUAACCUGGUUUUUUGGGGGGAUUUUAAAUGCAUCUUUUACUAUUCGGUCAGUAAGUCUCAUAAUGUAAAUGUGUAUAUAUAAAUAAAAACAAUCACUUUGGUAGCUAAUUUGAUUGAACACAAUCUGGUCACGAUAAGCACAUUGUGACCGUAGGAGCAACUGCUCGGGGGAGGGGGAGGGGAAAAAUACAUCAGAUUUUUUUUAUGAAGAAAUGGUCAUCUUUACAUGUAAUUGGUUGCAUACAUUAUGUGUGUUAUUAAAAGUAUAUAACACUCCAGA